AUGAAAUCUUUCAUUCAUACUAUCCUUUAUUUUUCAUUCUUUACUUACUGCUUUUUUCUUAGCUUGAUUUUUUUUCUUUCUUUCUUUCUUUCUUUCUUUCUUUCUUUUUUCUUUCUUUCGAACGUUAUUUUUUCCUUUCUUUAUCCUUUUUUCAUUUCAUUUUCAUUUUUCACCUUCCUUCUUUUGCUUUGUAUUUUUCUCUUAGUUUUAUAUAUUUUUGUACUUCCCAAUUUCUAUCUUUGGACUUUCUUUCUUUCUUUCUUUCUUUCUUUCUUUCUUUUUUCUCGUUUUCGUUACAUGGACAUUAAUUUCGCAUAUUCACGUUACUUUUCUCCUCUUUCUUUCUGUUUUUCUUUCUUUCGUCUUGUUUCUUUUCCUCGUAUUUCUAUAUUUCUAUUUUUACUUUUUUUGCGUUUUUCCGUCGUUCUUUCCUUUCUUUUUUCUUUCUUUCUUCUCCUUUCUUCUCUGUAUUUGCUUCUGUAUUCUUUCCCCUUAUUCUCCUUCCUGUCUAUAUUUAUUUUCAAUUCAUUCAUUCUUUCAUUCUUUCUCUUUAUGCAAAUUCAUCUUUCAUUCUUUGUCUCCGACAUUUUUAAUUCCUUCAGUCUUCCUUCUUUCUCAUUGCAUCCUGCUAAUUUAAUUCCUUCGUAUUUAUUUCCUUCUAUUUUCAUUCUUUUUAUUUGUUUUCUUCUUUCUAUUUUAUCUUUUUGUCUCUAUUGCAACAGAGAUGAGUUAAUUCUUUACCUAUGUUUUGUUUCUUUGUUUCUUUCUUUGUUUCUUUCCUUUUAUGCUUCCGUCUGUUUUUCCAUUUUCCAUUUUUUUCUUCCCUUUUUUUAUUUCUUUCCUUUUUAUUUCCUACUAUUGUCUUCCUUUCCUAAUCAUUUCAUAAUUUCCCAUCCUUCCUUUUUUAUUCCUUUCCUUUUCUCUUAUUCUAUUCCUCAGUUUUAUUUUUUCCUUCUUUUAAGCAAUUUCUUUGUUUCUUGUUCCCAUUCCACGCUAUCUUUUCUUUUACAUUCAUUUAUACCUUCAUCUAAGUCUUUUAUCUUUUUCUCGUCUUCACUCCCUUCCUAUUUUCAUUCAUUUCCAUGUUUCUGUAUUUCCGUAUUUUUGCUUCAUUUUUGUUCAUACUUUUCGUACAUUUUUGUUUCCUUCUCAUCGUUAUUUGACCCUCUUUUCAUUUCUCAGUAUUUUCUUUUCUUCAAUGUCUUUUUUUCUAACGUUGACCUAUUUGCUUUCUUUUCAUAUAUUUACAUUUUGACCAUCAUUAUCUCCACUUUUGUCUCACUUUCUAUGAUCCUUCUAUUGUUUAAUCCGUUCUAUUUUCUUCUUUAUGCUUCCCUUCAUUAUAACUUCUUUCAUCCAUUCUACUUUACUUCCUUCCAAUAUUCUUCUUUCCUCAUAUUUUUCUUCCUUCUUUCUGAUUCCUUAUUUUUUGUAAUUUUACGUCCUCCUUCUGAUUUUCAAUCGUACUUAUAUUUUUAUUCGUUUUUUUUUCUGAUUUCUUUUCCAUCCUUAUACUUCCAUUCAUUCCAUCUGUUUAUUUAUUUUCCUUAUAAUCUAAUUCCUUCUCUUCGCGUUGCAUCCUAUUUCCUUAUUUUCCUGUUUUUCUUUCUGUGUAUUUUAUUUAAUUUCGUUUUAUCAGAAUAUCACUUCUGA